AUGAGAGGGGAGAUUUAUGAUUGGAUCAAGUUAAAGGUUGGGAAUGGUAUCACAACAAGAUUUUGGACAGACAAUUGGUCACCUUUCGGUUCUCUCCGAAGGUUCCUUGCAAAUGAUUCUAAUUUCUCGCUUGGGGUUCAAGAUGAAGCAACAAUAUCUUCUCUCUUCAGGAAUGAUCAUUGGCUUCUUCCACAACCUCGUUCUGAGAAGCAACUACAGCUGCAUGCUUUCCUCACAACCCUGGAAUUAACAACAGAGGAAGACUGCUAUGAAUGGGAGAUAGGAGGGAAAAUCUCAUCAGUUUACUCAACUGGAGAUGUUUACAGAUGCUUGAUGGGGAAUAGAGCUCCUGUACCUUGGGAACAAACUGUCUGGAUCGCUGGAGGCAUUCCAAAGCACUCAUUCCUCUCUUGGUUAUUCAUCUUAAAUCGCUGCCCUACCCGAGAUAGAUUACUGCGUUGGGGACUGCAAACGCCAGCAACUUGCGUACUCUGCAACUCUACUGCGGAAUCAAGAGAUCAUCUCUUCUUUGCAUGCCCACUAUCAUGGAACCUGUGGUCUGCUUUGGCUCCUCGCUGUGGUUUGAAUCCUGCUCAACAAUGGACUGAUGUUUUAGCCCGAUUACGACCACUCAAUAGUCGCAAUUGGAAGGGAAGGCUUACCUUACUCACUUGGCAGUGUUGCUUGUACAGGAUUUGGCAGGAAAGGAAUAGCAGACUCCACCGGAACAUCUUUCGCUCUCACGAUGCACUAUUGCGGUUGAUUGAUCGUCAGAUCAGAGACCGUUUACUCAGCUACAGAGACACUAGUCCCCGGUUAUCCUCAAGGAUGAUGCAACAAUGGCUUGCCUGA